AUGUGGCUGCUUGGUUUCGAACUGAUUGACAAAUCAGUCGGCAUUCUCGGUCUGGGUCGUAUCGGAUUUGGCAUAGCGCAACGUCUUAAAGCCUUCAAAGUAUCGAACAUCUACUACACGGAUGUGAAUGAGGUACCGUAUGCAAAUGAAGUCAAUGCAAUCUACGUGAACUUCGAUGAGAUCCUUCGUAAGAGCGACAUCAUCUGCAUUGCCUGCAAUUUGACUGACCAAACACGAGGCAUAUUCAACAAAGACGCUUUUGCCAAAAUGAAGAAAACAGCUGUUUUGAUAAAUGUCAGUCGCGGAGGUGUUGUCAAUCACGAUGACCUCUACAAAGCCCUUAAAGACAAGAAGAUCGGAAUGGCAGCGCUAGAUGUGACCGUACCGGAACCGCUGCCUAAAGACCAUCCUUUGUUGACCCUGGAUAACUGCCUUAUCACACCACAUGUAGCCAGUAGUACAUGGGAAGCUCGAAACGCAAUGUCCCUGUUAACAGCUCAAAAUAUGCUGACUAUUUUAGGCGGCAACGACCCGCCAAAAACGCUUGCCGUUUCUUUCUUCUUUUUAAUACACACACGCACACAAACACAAAUAUAUCUAUCUAUCUAUCUAUCUAUCUAUCUAUCUAUCUAUCUAUCUAUCUAUCUAUACACACACAUACACAUACACACACACACACAUAUACAUAUAUGA